ACAGUGGUGUGGAAAAGAUGGCUGCUGCUUCGGCGGCAACGGCGAGUUCUUCCCCCGGUUUGUGUCCAAAUUACGCCGUGAUUUGCUCCUUCCUAGAGCGGUACGGAGCGUUGCUGGACUUACCGGAGCUCACUUUCCCUGAGCUCGAGCGAUACCUGCGGGACACAUCCUCAGUUCCAAAGCUGCUGGUCGAGCUUCACGUCAAGUUGCUGAGGAAGAUCGGCAAGUCGGUUUCAGCAGACAGAUGGGAGAAGUAUCUCGUAAAGGUAUGUCAGGACUUCAACGCAACCUGGGCGUGGGAGCUGGAACAGAAAGGAUACAUGGAGAUGACGGUGGAGUGCAAGACGGGGAUACUUAAAUAUUUGUGUGAGUGUCAGUUUGACGACAAUGUCAAGUUCAAAGCCGCCAUCAAUGAGGAGGACCCAGACAAGAUGCGUCUGCAGCCGAUUGGCCGGGACAAAGACGGGCAGAUGUACUGGUUUCAGCUGGACCAAGAUGACAACGUGCGCGUCUAUCUGGAGGAGCAGGACGACUUAGACGGGUCAUCCUGGAAGUGCAUCGUCAGAGAGAGGAAUGAGCUGGCUGAGGUUCUGGCUCUGCUGAAGACACAAAUCGACCCCGCGCUGUUGAAAAAAGAUCUGGAGGCUAAAGCUGAGGCUGAAGAGGGUAAAGACAAAACUGAGGGUGAAGGUGAAGCUAAAAAGACAGAGAGCUCGUCAGAUGAAGACAACAAGGACUUGAACAAGGCCGUCUGUCCAAAAACAGAGAAUAAUGAAAAGGACAGUUCGAUAUCGGAAACAUCAGAGGCCAAAUCAUCUCUCAAUGGCGUCAUCGAAGUCAAACCUGAAGCAGAGCUUCAUUCAGAGAAGCCCUCUGUGGAUCACAGUGUCAGUACAAAAGCCCAGAACAUCAAAGAAGAGCCGAUGGAGGUGUCGGAAACUAAAACAAGCACCACAACAAGCGAACCCUCCUCCGAGACGCCAUGUUUAUCAGUAAAAGGAGAAAAGGGAGAGGAGGCCAAAAAGAACAGCGCAGAGGAGAUUCAGCUGGCUCUAAAGAACGACCAGCAGGCCAAAAUCCCUCUGAAGAAAAGAGGGAUGAAGUUUACUGAAGACUUUGAAAAGAAUAGUAGUAUUAUUGUGCAGACUCCAUCCAUUGCUCAGGUCAAAGAAGCUCAGAGAGCUGAAUCGACUCCUGAGCAGACAAAGAAAGCUCCGAGUGUAAACGAUCAUGUAAACGGUGAAGUUCAGCCCACGCUGGAGAAAGAGAUCAAGAGUAAUUCCUGUGAGUCCCUGAAAGUCUCUGCGGUCGACAAAGAGCAGACGUCUCAACCAGCUGCAGGAAAACCUGCAGAAAACACAGAGAAGGACUCGCCAUCAACGGACAAGGACAGCAAGAAAGAUAAUAAGAAUGAAGCUGCUGCAGAGACGGCCUUGAAAGACGCUGGUGCACAUAAAGCUGACCUGGACAAGAAAAGUCAAGAUGUGCAUGUGGAGAAGAAAACCUCAGCAACAAAAGAAAAGAAAGAAGAACACGAGUCUCCCCCGACACCGAAAGAACCGCCACCUUCAGAGAAAGACGUGAAUAAUGCAACUGAGAAGACGUCCGAUGAUGAAGGAGUCAAAGAGAAACCAGCAGAUGUGAAGGAGUCUUGUACAGGAGACAAGACAACUUCAAAAGAAAGUGAUAAAACAUUAACAGCAGCUGAGUCAAAGAAAGACAAAUCAAAAGAGUCACCGCGUGAAGACAUGGACACAUCAGAGUCGAGUCAGACUGAGAAAUCAAAGAUGACAGAGAAGAAGGAAACAGAAACAAGUGGUGCUAAAGACACAACAGACACUGACGUAGACAAAUCUGAUAAAUCUGAUAAAUCUGAUAAAUCCGUUCCACAAGAGAAGCGAGGAGAUGUUAAAACAACUGAGACUCAAAGUCCACUCAAAGAUCAAGAAAAGAAAUCUGUCGACUCUGAAAAAGCAGAAUCAUCACCUGUCGUUGAAAAGACAGAAAAGCUGAAAGACAGCGCUAAUCACGAGACACAAAAAGUUACACAAAGUCCUGCAGACAUUCAGAAGGAGGAAAAAACAAUCAGUGAGAAAGCAGAAAAAACAAACGCUAAGGAGAGCGUGGAGUCUUCUGUUCUUAAAGAGCAAGACAAAUCAGAGUCACGUAAACCUGACGAGAGGAGCGACAACAUCAAAGACGGAGAGAUGACUGCAGAAAAAGACAAUGCAGCCUCUGAUACCAAUGCUGAAAAGACCAAGGAGAAGGGAAAGCCUGAAGAUGUAAAGAAACCUGUCAGAAGCGAUGAUAGUACAAUACCCGAUGCCAGCAAGACAAGUGACUCCACGCCCACAGAGACGGAGGCAACAGCUGGAAAACCCGAUGUGACAGAGACACAAGAGCAUGACAAAGCUGAGAUGAAAUCAGAAGCAGAGAAGGCGACAGAGGGAGCAUCUGAAGGGAAAGAUAAACCAUCGAGCCCUGCUGAGAAGUCAAAAGCAGCUAAAGAUGAUGAAGAGCCUGAAAGGAAGGACACGGAGCGGGAAACGGUGUCGGAAGAACGGCCUAAAGAAGUCGUAUCAUCAGCGGAAAGUAAAAAAGAUGCCAAAACGAGAAAAGACAAGGAUACUGAAAAAUCUAAAAGAGCUCGGUGUCAAGAUAAAGAAAAGAAAGAGGAGUCCACGACGGCUGAACUCCCAGAAACUGAUAAAACCAAGGAGAAGGAGAGUGCCCAGAAAGAGCCUGAACCCAAAACAGAGGGAUCUGACCGCCAAAAAGGAAGCAAAGAACCAGACGAGAAAUCCUCCACUAAAAGUAAAAAAGCCCGCAGAGAACCAGAGCCGGAGAAGCCCACUGACGAGGAAAGUAAAAGCAAAAGUGAAGAAGAGGAGUCUGCAAACAAGAAAGAGGUAGCUAACGGCGAGGAAGACUCAUUAGAAGUUCAGGUGAAAAAACGUCGGAGGAGGAGGAGAAGGCUCCCGGUUGACCGAAGGAAAGCUGAACUCCAGAGAGAAGAGAAGCAGGGGGACUCGGAGUCCGACACAAACAUGGGCAUGUCUCUCAGGAGGUCACCGAGGAUCUCCAGGCCCACACCCAAAGCUGUGGAGAUCAACGACAGGAAGAUGGAGAAGUCACAGGUGGAGAAGUUGGACGACAAAGAGAAAGAAAAAGAAGACAAGAAAGACAAAGAGGGGGAGGAAGAGGAGAAGGAGGAGGAGGAGGAGGAGGUGGAGGUGAAAGCCGUUCAAAAGAAACCAAGAGAGAAAAAGACUGAUCAGGAGGGUCAGCCCAAACCCAAGGGGAGAAAGAGACGGAGGGUCCGGUGGUCCAACACGCGGACACGCCGUAAAAAGAAAGGCUCCGAGGACGAAGGGGACAACAGCGAAGAGUCGUCCAGCGAAGAGGAGGAGACCGAGGAAGAGGACGACAGCGACGAAGAUUACAAGGUGGAGCGAGGCAAAAAGAGACGGAACCGCCACCGAGAACGACGAAGCUCGGACUCGUCGACAUCCUCAGACGACGAUCUACCUCCAAACGACGACCCCUGCAAACAUUGUGGUCUUCCAAAUCACCCAGAGCUGAUCUUACUGUGUGAUUCAUGUGACAGCGGGUACCACACCGCCUGUCUGAGGCCUCCUCUCAUGAUCAUCCCCGACGGAGAAUGGUUCUGUCCCCCCUGUCAGCAUAAGCUGCUCUGUGACAAACUAGAAGAGCAGCUCACGAACCUCGAUGCUUCCCUGAAAAAGAAGGAGCGGGCAGAGAGAAGGAAAGAGCGUCUAAUAUAUGUUGGAAUCAGCCUUGAAAACAUCAUCACGCCCUCGGUGGAGCCUGAGGAGGAAAAACCUGAGAUCAUAAUCAAAGAGAAGAAAGAAACAAAGAAGAGUAAGAGCUGGGGUCGAAGAUCUACAAGAGCCAAGAAAUCCAUCAGCUACAGAUUUGAUGAAUUCGAUGAGGCGAUUGAGGAAGCAAUUGAGGAAGACAUCAAAGAAGCAGAAGGUGGAGGAACUGGUCGGGGUAAAGACAUGGCCAACAUCACAGGUCACAGAGGGAAGGACAUUUCCACCAUCCUACAAGCAGAGGAGGGUAAAGAGAACGGCUGCCCACCUAGACCUUCCACCGGGCAGCGAAGGAAAAAACGCCGGCGACUCAACGACCUGGACAGUGACAGCACUGUGGACGAAGAGGAGAGCGAGGAAGAGUUUCGCAUCAGUGAAAGCUCGGAGGAGGAGUUUGUUGUGUCUGAGAAUAACUCAGAGGCUGAAUCCGAGGCCGAGUCAAGCAACAGUGACAAUGCCAGCAACAGCGCCGGAAAGCGUCGCUCUUCUUCACGGAGGCGGAAACCACCAAAACGGCGACGAAGCUCCAGAAAACGGAGAAGACCGAGGGGGUACUCGGAUGACGAAGAAGAGGAGACAGAUGAGGAAGAUGAGGAUGAAAUAGUGACUGAAGGCUCCAGCGAGUACAGCGACAGUGAUCUGGACAUGAGUCGACGGCGGUCUCGGCGGAGUCAGAAGAAGCAGGUGAACUACUGCGAGACGUCCGAGUCUGAAGGCUCUCAGGCAGAAACCAACAAAGCCAAAGUGAAACCCAGACAUCCACAAGACAGCUCCGACAGCGAAGCGAGCUUCUCCAAGGAUUCAGAGGAGGAGUCGAGGGUGAAGAGGGUGAAGAGGAGAGCAGACUCCUCAGAGGAAGACUCCCGGCAGCGGCACAGACGUCUCGCACUGAAACGCCGGAGAGCCUCUGAAGACGACGACUCGGACGACUCCUCUGACGAAUCCUCAGAGGAGGACCGUCCCAUCAGAAAACGGGUGAACCGCAUUGACUCGGACGAUGAUGAUGAGGAAGAGGAGGAGAAACUCAAGGAGAAGAAGGCAGCUGAAAAGGCAGACGAGGAGUCAAAGGGAACAAACCCAGCGGACUGCAAUCCCCCUAACGGACAGAACCAGAUAAAGAGCCUCGAGGGCCUCAUCAGCCGGCCUGCUGCUGCCGCUCCAGGCCUCGUUCCUAAUCCGGAAACACCCAAAAACACGAGUGCCACACCCGCGGCGGCCAUCGCACCAAACGGAGUGGCCGGCCAGGAGGCGGCAGUCCAGGAGGAUGACGAAGACGACCUGUUGGGAGUCACAGACCUAGUGGACUACGUCUGCAAUAACGAGGAUUUGUAAAAACAGAACAGUGUACUGUUUCAUUUUUUUGUGGUAAUGUAUUUUUAUAUUGCUUAACUUUAUUAUCUCUCCCCCCACUUGUCUUUUUAUUAUCGUGUCAUCCGGAGCUCGAGUGUCAGAAACCUAAAAAAGACAUGGAUCCUUCUGCCACCUGUUCAGCUCUCUCCUUGUGUCCCUUUACCUGCGAACCAACCACAUCCUCCAGCUCCACUGCCAAACCUCAUUCACAUCUCCUCUCACAUCAACUCUUUUUUGUUACCUGCAACAUUUCUAUGAAUUUCAGCUCCUCUGCUCAUGUUCUCUGAUUACCACUGAAAUGAUUCAUUGUGUGGGUUAAAGAUAAAGAUGGCCUUUUUGAACAAGAAAGACUGGGACUUUUAACAUUUUUAAAAUGAAAUAAGUCAUUCCAAAUGAAUUUGAAAUUCUCAGCAUGAGAUGAAAGCUGAUGUUGCUUUAACUUCUUAUAAUUUGAAGCGAUAGUUUGAAGCUUUUGGGGAAAAGCUCCUUUGGUGAGAAGAUUGAUUCCACUCUCGUAGCUUCAGUCCAGAUCUCUCAGGAGGGUUAGACCUCGCAUUCAAGACUUUUAUCUUCAAUACGCCACAAACGAUGGAGCACAUGUGAACGCUCAAUCCUAAACAGAGCUGCAGGACCAGAAAAAGUGGUCCGCAUACAAAAGCACAGCCUGUUUCUGGAUGUUCAGAUGGUAUUCUCUUUAGUUUAAUUUAACCUGACACCUAACACUUUAACUUGUGACAUCCAGAAUAAUUCAAAUAUGCUGCUUUUUAAUUGUCUGUCACUGAAAUCCUGAUGAUUAUUAUAGCACAUGCCUGCUCUUAAGGUAAUGAAGCUCAAUUAAGAAGAGCAAAAAUAUCCAUUCCCAGUCUUGGUGUGCCAUUCAACACCACAUCAUAGAUAUAAGGUAAUGCAUGUGUGACCUUCAGUGACCUCAGUGAGAUCAGAAGUGAUGCUUACUGCAGGCUAGCAAGUAUUCGUAUGAACCCAAGCCAAAGUAAUGUUAGCUAUCACUCAAUAAUCACCUGGGAGAAAUGUAUCUCAACACGAGGGUGGCGUUGAUCUCCUCGCUUAAACAGACAGUACAAAACCAUUUUCAAAACGUGUCCACCGUUUCUUUGAACCUGUUCUGGCUUUUUAAAAAGAUGCAUCAAAAGAAUUUGUCAAAAGCUUCAGAUGAGACUAUUUGUUCACGUCGAUUAACCUUCUAGACUAAUAAUAGUCGUCCGCCAGCCUUCCUCUUGAGCUUUUUGUUGAGUAGCUUUUGUACGAUGUAAACAUAUAUCAUUAUUUUAAGUGUGCCAUCAGUAUCCGUGGUGAACUCCCACUUCUUUGAGUACUACGUCCGUUUUGGGAAGCAGAAUCAUGAGUACAGCUCAUCCCUCCUAAUAUUGUCAUCUAGUCUAGUUUCCUGUUAUUUCAUUUACGUUAACAUUUUGUGAUUUUUUUUUUUAAUAAUAAUGUAUUUUUUGUAUAUCUAAACUUUUAUCUGUCGUUGUCUCUGAGCGAAAUGUAAAGUGUCUUAUUUUCUUUGUACAUUGUCCUUCAUAGAAGGUUCAAAAACCUGCAGACUCUUUGAAACCCACCGUAACACUAAGCUUCAAAACACCCCUCUGUUAUUUUGAGUUCUGAAUCUUCCUACAUUCAAAACAUGUUUUUAUUUACGUUCUCUUAUUUUCAUGAUGUUUUUUGAGUUGAGGUUGAAGCAAACUGCCAACCUGUAGGACCUCAAACCUCAGUAUUGUGAAAACAAAGUGAUUUAGUGGAAGGUGAAUCGUUUUGAAGCGAUAGUCGGGAUGCAGUUUUUGGAUGGGGGAAAUGGACAGAAAAAACAACAAACCAAUGACUUCACUGACCUCUGCUGGAACCAGUCUGUGUGUAUAUCUGUAGUUUUUGCUGUAAUAUAUUUAGAGGCAUUUUUUUAAUCAUGGAAAAAUAUAUUGGGCAAUUCUUUGGGAUUGCAUGAGUUUCUAAUACUUUUCUUUUUUAGGGAAGCACUAUUGGCACAACAGUUUUUGUAACAAAACCAGAAAACUUUGGCAUGUUUAAAGGAUCUCCUGACCUGUUGCACCAGUGCUGAAGGACUCGUGAAGUAGCAGACUAUCUUGUCAUUUGCAGUGAAACUGCAUAGGUAAGCAUGCGCUGACCUACUAAAGGCAUGUUACAGAAGCUUGGGGGGGAGAAAGGAUUAUCAUAGGAAAAACUAGGACAGCUGAAUCUGAUCUAAGAGAGUUAACAGGCCUGUUUGUAAAAUAUUUUGUAAAUGAAACUCAGCAUGGUCUUCACAGAGGAUAAACCACUCUAUUUAUCAUACUGUUUUGAUACUGGCCACGGCCUACACAGGACUUCCAAACAUAUAUGUGCUGCUUGCAGUGCACACAGUUUAGGCUUCUGUACAACACUUAGCUGUUAGACCGGAUGGACAGAACAGAGCAAACCCAAUUCAACAGAUUUAAUAGAAGUGUGUGGAGUCAGAGUAAAGGACUGUGGAUGUCUAUGUGCUGUAUGUAACCCUGUUUUUAAAGUCUCCACAGAGAGGAGGAGAACAUGUUGAUGCGUAUCUCUCAGUUAUAAAAUAACCUGUAGCAAGACCCGCAUCGGAGAGAGGAGUGAUUAUAAAGGCUGCCAUGGGAUUAAGGGAGGAAGUCAGUGCCAAUAACUGAAGUGUUAAAGAGUUUCCUAUUUACCUCAUGAUGAAUCUGGGAGGAAAGACAUCCUGUCCGCUGUGUAUAGAUGCUAGUAGACUGGUUGUUGGUGUUUCGUCUGCUCCUUACUUUUUGUUAACUUUACUGUUAUUUCUUAUGAAUCUGAUCUUGUACAUUUGUCAUAAUAAAAAGGGUUUUAAGCCUUA